AUGAGCUCUGCCACCAGGGAUCAACUAAUUGCCUCUCGCGACGCACUGUUGGCUGAAUAUAAAGAACGUCUCCGUUCCGUCCAAAACAUUCGCUCCUCUAAACUAGCUCACAAAUAUGACGCCCUUCCAUUACUGGACUACCCAGAAAGACUCCAGUACAUGCAAGAGUUUUAUCCUCUGUUGAAGGUCCAGUCAAUCCAGAAAAAGGGACCAAUAGCGCCUGGCACCCCCCAUACUAGCGGCCAUCACAACAGAUACAUUACCAAUGUUACGCUUGCAAUCGAUGACAGCCUCUCCAUCGCUCUCCAGUACUCGACUGAAAACUCUCGAUUGCUGGACCUCACGAUUACCCAAAUUUCGCACCACCGCUUGGAUCUGGAUCCACUUAUCCAGUACUGCGAAAGAACCCACAAUUUGUCGUUUUUUCUACUCGGAUGCUACGAAUAUACCCGUCUCUGCAAGUCCAGAGCUUGUCUGUGGUCUAACUUAGCCACAGCUUUCGGCUACUUGACGCCAACUGUGCGUUCCAAAAGCUGCUUCCAGUUGAGCUCCCGUAAGGCCAGUCUCUUGCUGAAAAUUCGCUUCAUCAUAAGUUUUGACCAUCUUCCUUUUCCUAGCUCCACUGUUAGCGUCGAUCUGGAAUCUGACGCUGGGACCACACCACAUGCAAAUGAGGUUUGUUCCGCCCUCAUCAAAGAGUAUGGACUAGAACACGGUCUCACUGAGUUCAUCAAAGCAGUUAUGGCUUAA